AUGGCCCUAACAGUGCCAAUCCAAAACACGCGAUCCACUGGUGUUUCGGUGCCAACAGCAAGCCUGGAAUCUGUAGACAGCAAAGCAAAUCAACAACCGGCGACUCGUCAGUUGGCGAAUGAUCCUGAAGCGGACCGCAACAAACGGCACCUCGGCUUCGGAGGCAUCGGUAUCGGUGUGGGUCUGAUCGGUGGAGGAUUCAGCCCGUACGACAACUAUGGCUACGGUGGCUAUUAUGGAGGGCAUGAAGGCUACUACGGCGGCUAUGGCAACCAGUUCGGUGGCGGUUUUGGAGGACCGUAUGGCUAUGGAGCGCCACCUGGCUUUGGAAGUCCUUACGGCUUUGGUGGCUUCCCCGGGCCAUACGGAGGAUACGCUAGCGGGUACCAGUACGGCUACGGGUCCGGAUACAGCAGUGGAUUCUUCGGCUAG